AUGAGUAAUUCUGAAAGCAAUAGUAUAACUAUUGGAUUAGACCCAUUUUGUUUUAAGCAAUUUGAUAAAAAGGGAAUAAAUUUCAUUCCUUAUCCUAAGGAAAGUUUCCUUGAAAAGGUCAGAGAAUGUUUAAAAAACGGGGGUGUUUUGAGGGACGGUUACGCUCCAUUUUGUAAACACCUGCUGAUUAAGAACUUUACGGAAGCCACCUGUUCAGCAAUUGAGAUUACUGAGGAGAACGAGCACCUUCUGAAGUCAGGGUACCUCGCUAGAACGUCGAAGGAGUUGCCAGUUUUAACGAGAUGGUUUCGAAAAAACGACGUUUUGAAAUACAUUAAAAAGGCCGAAUACUUAGAUGUUAUUUUAUAUUCCAGAGAGCAGGUGAUAAAGGAAUCUAAGGCCAUGAAGUCAUUUGAAGACGAAUCGCACUAUUCUCAUGACUAUUACAUAAUAUCAAUUAAGCCACAAAACGAGGACUAUGAACUGCCAAUGUUGCCAAUAACAGUCAUGAGGAACGCUUUGAUUGAUCAGGGUGGCAGUGGAGUGCCAAUAGACAGAAAGACGUAUGAAAGAUCUGUUGAAUACUGGUCAAAAUACGCAGUGUUUUACGAAGACGCCUAG